GACGAAUCGAUCCGAUCGUUUCCAAAAUCGAUAUUGAUUACACCCGAAUACACUAAAUUAUUAAUUAGCAUAGAAACCCAUCGAACUAAUAGAAUUAUAAUCGUCCCACGUGCUUUCUAAUCGCACUAUACAUCAUUACAUAGUCAGACCGCAAAUUUCAUUAACGAAAAGUCGAUGCCACGAUUUUGCGGUAUUUCUAAAAUAUAUUGCUGGGUAAGAGUUCAGCGAAAAGUGGUAGCCAAUAAAUAGCGUCUACUGUAGAGUGGCCAAUAAACCUCUCAGGAUCUUCUCUCUUCCUUAGUUCUCACAAUGUACGAUAUUUUAUCGCGGUAAUGAGUUUACUAACCCCUCCGGAAAAUGUAGGUUAGAAGAAUCGAUGAGGUUUACACGUACCCUAAGCGUAUAGUAACCGCAUGGCACAUACGGUUGGUACAACCUAUGGUGUACCACCGAGCUUGUAGACAUACGUGGACAGAGUCAUGCAUAAUUCCUGACGAGUCAUGAGUUCUGAAUCCGAUGUUGACAAUUCUGGCAACUGGCAGCAACACUGCCAGUACAAGUGAAAACAUAUGGCUCGCUUUCAGCAGAAGCAACUUCAGGAGAAGGAGCAGAAGUUGCUGCAGCUUUACGAUCAGCAACAGCAAAGGGCCUACCAGGUUGUGCAGAGAGGUAGCGCUGGAUCGACCGGUUCUAAUCAUAGUUCAUCGGUGAGUCAUCAAACGAUCAGCAGAACGACGACCACCACCCACUCGAGCUCCACUUCACAAGGUGGCGGAAAGGUGAGACAAAUGUUCGACGAACGACGACAAACGACCGUGAAGGGAAUCGACAGGAGUUAUCCUCUAGAGCCUUUGGAUAACAAACCCAAGAAGCAGGUGACCAGCAACGGUCAUGCACCAGGAAAAGGUAGCAACGCGGCAGUGAAUCAUCAUUCGGUAACCGUCAGACGCGUUGCUCGUGCCGAUGUCAAUAGCAACGUUAACGGAGGUAAACCUGUUGUCUCUUAUCACGAGGAAGUCACCCACGAAUCCUUUGGUGACGAUGACGAGUUUGGAAACGAGAACCAUGAUAAACGAUAUACCAAUGGGAAUCACCAUAAUGCCAAUCGUAAUGAGGUUCAUAUCGAGGAGAUACUCGAUGACGACACGAUACAGCGAAACCGACUGAUGGCUAAGGUCCAUCUGAUGAACUUCGACAAAACGAUGAAGUAUCGCAUUGACAACGACCUGGAGAGUGAACAGUUUCCGGAAGAAUUGAUGCUCGACGUACCGGAUAAGCUGCCUAAAAGGGCGCCCACCAGGAAGAUCUCUCAGGCGGAGGCGAGACUGGAACGGUUCAAGAAUGCAAAUGCGAGGAAGAGCAACGUUUCCAAUAGCACGACGACCACCGGCACGGUCACGAGGAAACGUUCCGAGCCGAUGUUCCCAGCAGGAACCAGUUCCAGAGAGCCCCUUGCGUCUACGAGGAUUACCAAGACGGUGAAUACGAUGAAAACCGGAAGAUCCGAAGGGCCUACUCGUAAACGUAACGAAGGCACGAGGCCCGAAGUCAUUUCGAAAAAUGCAAAACCCACGAAAGCGCAUAGCGAAAGCCCGAAAAUAUCUCAGGAUACCAAGGCCGGUACACGGAUUACGUUGAGAACGGAGAAUAUUUUUGAUUCCCCGAAAAAAGACGAUGCGACGCUUUACGAGCCUCGUACCGUUCAGAGGCAAUGUAGACGUUCGGAUACUGCCGGAGUGCAGUCAGGAUACAGAGAGUUCACGAGAACCGGGUUUAACGAGAGGGAAGUGAAAAUCGUGGGAAAACCUACGAGCUUCGCUGUUGAGAAAACAGAAUCACGUACUGUGAGUGACGGUAAAAUUGUAGGGUCUGUGAAGGUUGAUGGUACUGGUAGUGUAGAAAUAAUUGAGAAAAAGCGAAAGCCAGGAUUUUCGAAGAUCACUGUCAUUAGAAAAUCUGAUAAAGUUAACGAAGGUAAAAGGUCAUAUGCUCGGGAUAUAAAUUCUACGAGGAUAAAGUCCAAGCAUGAGAUUGAUACGGCGAGGAAUGUCAAAUCGAAAAUAAUUAGCAGUAGUCCGGAAGUUGUUGGAGCAAUUUCGAAAAAUAUCAUUUCGAGGGAAUCCAGUCGGCAUACUGCUAAAUCCUUAUAUAAGGGUAGGACUGUUCAGGCGGUUGAUAAAUCUUAUACGCGUAUGGAAAAGUCCUCAUCCGGAAGAGCUACUACCCCAGAAUCUGCGAAACGUCGAGUUUCUAAAGAUUCUAUUACACGUAUGAAAACCAAUACAGGACGUCGUGAUUCCGUGGAACGAUCUAACGAUCUCAAAUCCGAUAUAAUGGUGCGUUCUGCUCAAUUGGUUAAAAAGGUUAUGCGACGUCAAAGCAUAGAAAAAAAAUCGGAUAUCAUUGAAAGAACGGCUUUGAAAGAUUUGACAAAGAAAUCGGAAAAAUCUAUAUCACCAAGUGAAAAAACAGAAUUACGGAAAACCUUGAUAUCUGAGAACGCGAAAAAAAAAAUUGAUAGGGAUUCGCGCAAACAGAUCAGGUAUCAUAAAGAGGAUAUUACGCCAGUAGAAUCUGUUACUAAAGGGAGGGAUUCUAUAGAGAUUAAUACCACAGAGGGAGAUAUCGAUAAGUUUGUAGUAUCGAACAAGAUCCGCGAUUCGAGACAAGAUCAGAACCUGAAUCAAUCGCGUGGGACUCCUCGAUUUAGCCAAAAGAAGCUAAAGCACGUGGGAAGUGGCCAUGAUCCCAAAGAAAUUGUGGACGAUGUGCGAAUUGAAAGAAUUGAGGAAAAAAAAGACGUGAUGUCCGAUGGUAGGAGAUCUAAAGGUUCUAUCACACGUGUGGACAUGAAAGUCAAGACUCAUCAGUCAUUGGGACGUGAAAGGCAACUUUCAGAGAUGGAAGGAACGUCACGAUCUAAGGCACGGAUAAAAAAAUCGAGAAGUCCAAGCGUAGAAGAGCGUAAACCGGUGCCGAUAGAAAUUUCCAAAAAAAUUUCGAAAAAGAGCCCGGUACAUUCUACUGAGAAAAUUUCGAAAGACACCCUGACACAAUUGGAGUCUGAACGUAAUCGAAGCUCUUCGGUAGACGCUGACUCGACUCGAUCAAGAAUCAAUAAAACAAUGAAAACCAGGAAAACGCAAAAAAGUACCGAUGUAAAAAAAUCUCGCGAAUCGUCCGUAGAACUGGAGAUUGAACGUAAUUUGAAAAAUAAAAAAACUACUGCUGUUAUAUCUCCACGAGAACGAAACAAUGUCCAUGAAAAUAUCCAGAUACGCCCAACCUCACCCGUGCGUAGACUGUGCAGAGAUAGCACAAUGAAGAUUACAAUAAAUCUUAAGCAAAGUGGAUCAGUCGCUAAAGACAAAAAAGUGAUCCCAAAAUCACCAGGUAAAUCUAAACCAUCCUCCAAGUCGAAAAGUUUGAUACCUCAUUCUGAGCGUAAUGAGGACAUAAAGACCAGGGGAGAAAGUUCAGCUAAGCAGUUGCUCGAUAAAAUAGACAGUCCUAUAAAGUCGCGCGAGGUAUCAGAUAUUGCUAGGUUUCGAAAGUCCAAAGUAACCGUAGAAUCUUCUUCGAGUAUUAAGUGCGAUGGAACCGGUAAGCUUUUACGAUCGAUCGAGCUCGUACGUAAGGUUGCACGAAAUCAAAGUCCAGGAAUUUCGAGAAAAUUGGAGGAAGGCAUUAUCACGAAAUCAGGAAGCUUAAAAUCGAGUGGAUUGGAAUCAGAAGAAGUAAAAAAGAGUGGCAAGCCCACGGAUGAGUCUGCGAGAAUGAAAAGUAAUGAAUCUACCAAGAUAAAGGUCAGCUCGGAUGAGGAAAGUCCAAAGAGUUCAAUUUUGUCUGAAAUCGAUACCGAUCGUCAGGAGAUACUGGUUGAAGAUCAGUCGAUUAAACGCGAUAAGAGUUCGGUGUCCAAAAGGAGCACCGAUGCUUUGAGUAGUACUUCGAAUAAAGGUAUGCAGUCUAUGGUGAAGGCAAAGGAGACGCAGUCCAAGACUGCAAGCCCAUCGAAAGCUGUCGAAGUUGAAUCUGAUAAUAUGACUACACAAUCGGCUCAAGAUCAUUCGACAUUCUUAAUACGGAGACCUAUUAAGAAGAGAGGUACCGUUCUGAAUUCGGAUAUUUAUGAGCAGCAGGAAGCUAGUCAAAGUAAACACGCUUAUUAUACGGGAACUGGUAAGAUCGACCGUAACUCGAAUCAUGAUAAAAUUUCAAAGUACGACAAAGCGAAUGCUUCGAAAAUUCAAAUAAAAGAUAUUUCGAAGCGAGGUAAAAGUCCUGAUUUGAAAAGAAGUGGUCGCGACGAAUCCAAAGUUACGGUAUCCCUCCCUGUACCAGUAGAACUUGAGAAAAGUUUCAUAUCCGCCGAACUUGCUCGUCGCACAAUGGAUGAUCGAAGGCAGGAGAACACUUACGGUUCGCGUGGCAAUGGGAAAAGUAACGUUUUAAAGGAAGUUCAUAUUGACGAAACCGAACUUACUCCCGAGUAUCAAGAAAUAUCGAUUACGGAUCAAUUCAUAGAGCCAGGUGGCAAUAGGUUAAAAAAGAGAAAAGAAGAUGCGUUGUACAAAAAAACUGAGCAAAAACGGCAAAAAACGAUUGAAGAUGUUGAAAGAGAUUCCGUAGAUCCGACUAAAAAAAGUACGAGAAUCGUAUCAAAACCUAAGGUCGUUGGCACAAGACGCAGAAUAUGCAGCAAACUGAUCAGACAGAUGGAGACCAAUCUGAAGGAACAGCCAGCCAAAAAGGCCAUGAGCUACAAAAAAAUUGUAAUGACCAAGGAAAGAUCAAAUAUUCGUAAAAGUCCAGCUGCUCGAAGUAAAAGUCCAAAAGUCGAGACUUCCGAACGACCAUCGUCAAGACUUUCCGGUACCGUUGAAUUUGAUUCCAUAAAGAAACAGCCGGUAGCAAUGCCACGAACUGUACCGACCAAAAGUCCAGAAACAACAAGAGGUAAAGAAUUCGUAAGAAUUCCUAGCGAAUCUACAGAUAAGCAAGAAAUACUAAAGUCACCGCAACUCAUGCAGAAAGUAAUACGCGAACAAAGUCCCGAGCACAAAUCGAUGUCCUCUGAAUCCAUAAACUUCGAUCGUGAAAUAUCAGAGUUCGAAACGGUGCCCAUAAUCAUUUCCAAGGAACCGGAACAGCCCGAGCAUAAAAUAGUGAGGAAACAGGAAGCGAUGUUUUCGCCAUCUAAAAACCCAGAGAGCAUGUCAAAACCUACGCGCAGUGCAGUGAGCAUAAGUAAAAAAGUAGCCGAAAAGGAAAGUCAAAAACAAAAGACAGAUUCGGUUAGUAGAAUUUGCCUAAAAUUAGCUGCGGACAAGGAGUUCAAUGCGAUUCGUGAAAAAUCUAUCGGAGCCAGUUCGAAACGUCCGACUGAAGUAAAAGUCAGUCGUUCCAUUAAAGCCACCAUAAGGAAACCCGUUCAAAGACCUCGUCGUGUAAACGAUAUGCCAAAAGUGGAUAGACUGACUGACGUGCCUGCAAAUGGUAGAGCGUCUAGUGCCCGACAAAUCGCAACUGUUUCACGUAAGCAUACAGUUAAAUCUGUAGGAAAAAAUUUGCCAACACAUAGCCGAACACGUAAUGUUUCUAAAGAUUCGCUUUCUCCAAAGGAUUCCAAACUGAAACUAGCGCCAAGCACGAAAGCAUUACGUUCUACGGCUUUGGUACAAUCGGCUAUGAAGAAACAGACUUCAGGGGUAACGAAGAUCAAUACGUCACGAAGAGAUACGACAAAGUCUGUAGAAAGUCUGGAAAACGUUAAAAACAUAGGAGACAAGAUCCCGGAACGUCCGAUCGCAAAUGUGGGAUUGAAAAGAAAAUCUCGACCGCCAAAUUUAAAUUUGGAAAUUAUUCGAAAAUCAAAACGCGUAGACUCUGCUGCAACUGAAAAACCUAUAGAAAGAACAAGGACUGACGCAACGAAUAAAAAAGUAAGCGGUACAGUUAAAACGUAUAAGGUCGAGGAAGUUGAACGAUCGAAAAAAAUAGAACCGGAAGUUCAGUCUUCGAGUAGAUUAAGAAUUGUGGAUUCGGACGAACAGUCAUUUCAGAACAAACUUAUUGAUGCCUUGACAAAAACAAUCAAUGAGAAGAAAACGCCAUACAUAGUGUCCAGUCCGGAUCCUUCUAGGAUAGAGAGACUUUAUCCGAGGUAUCCUGUAGAGGAAGAAGUUUUGAGUUCACCGGACAUUAUGAGAAGGUCCGGAGAAAUAAAAAAUAAUGUACCGCCAGUUAAGUGUGAAAGUACCGAUUCCGUGGAAUCUGCUUUGAGACGUUUUGAUUCUAUUGGAACUGAUACGGAUCAGCAGGAAAUCGUGCAGGUUGAUACAGCCGAUAAUCAUAUGAUCGAUAUUAGAGUUGCGCAAGGCCUGAUGCCAAAACCAGAAUCACCAAAGGCAAGAAUGGCAGUUAAAAAUGACACAACUGACACAGACCAAUCCGAAUCCGUAACGGUAAUAAAAGGCCACGCGAAACCAGUGGGUGCUAGUAGUAACGACCGGUUGAGUAUGACGACCAGAAAAGUCGAGGAAAAAAAUAUACCCGAAAUUGUACGCGUGGAUGAUAAGAAGUAUCUCUCGGAAGUACAGCCGAUUCGUAAAAACAUUAGCGACGAGAAGAAGGAAAAAGCUAAUUCGAUUAUUAAUUUAAAACUGAUCGAAAAAACACCUGAAUCUGGAAUUGGAAAGAUAUCGAUUGCUGCAUUGGAUACGCCUUUGCAAGAUUUUGAGUCGAAGCAGCGAAAAAUUGCGAGAGCUCGAAAUUCUGUGGAACUCGCACGUACUUCUGUGCAAAUUCAAAAGCCAUCCUGGAGACGUAAACUCUUUGAAGAUUCUGACUCGGGAGUCGAAACCGAGGUGGUACGUCCGAGAACGGUGAAUUUUCACGAGAAUCAACGAAUAGAUAAAAAUUUGAAAAGCACCAACGUUAUUAAAGGAAAGUCUGAGAUUUUGGAAUGUGCUAAUAGAAUCUCCAAAAUACCAGUAUCUCGUGCAGGAUUCAAGACGCAUCAAUUACAGUCGGCGACACCGUUGAGAUCUAUCGAAGUUAUUAGAAAAUCGAUAAGAAAGGAGCAGCAAGGUCAGUUACGAAAAACGAUUCCUGAAGAGCCUGAUUUCAAGAAAGAAUCGUUGCGUAAGCCAAAAUCGGUAACGAUUGAGACAGGUCGUAAAAUGACAAAACCUAUAAUUUCCAAAAUUGCUCAGAACAAUAGAGACACUGUGAAAAGGGUUUUGAAAGCUUCCAUUACUCGGAUGGCAUCGAAACCUAAAAAUUCUCAGACAAUAGGGUUAAAAUCCAAUCACGACAAGGAUGUCACGACAAAGGGUUCGACGACGUCUCAAAAAAGUCACUGUAAAAAUACAAAAAAAAAGGUAGAAACAAAGUUUCAACGAGAAAAGCCAAGCUCAGUAUUUUUCGAGUAUUCCAGCAGUCUGACGAGAGAAGGAAACGCAAACCAUGAAGCAAAGAGCUCCGUAAAGCCGCCAAAAUCAAAGGAAGCAAAGCAGUCCAUAGAGGUUGAAGAAAUUUUGAAUAAAAACAAUAGGAAAUUAUCGCACCAAGAUUUGCAAGUGGAAAAUUCGGUAAAUCCUUCUCCACGAGAAAAGGAUCUUCACGAGUUAAAAAGAAAGCAAACCAAACCAAUAUCAACCCGUCGCUCUACCGCACCCCUAUUUUUGCAUGGUGAUAAAAAAUUUAAGAUAACCAAUUCAACAGAACCAAACGUAACGCGUCGUCAAUCCACAGGAAGCAAUUUGAAAACUGUCAAUGAUAAAUCAAACCUCGCCGAUUCCCUUUCCAAGGAGACAUUAAAGAGCAACUAUUUCAUUAAAAAAGAUAAAAAUCAAGAUGCAACCAAAACAAAAAUUUUAAAAAACGUUACCGACGAGUAUCGUUCAGAUAGUCUCGACUCUUUGGACGCAGAAUACAAACAUAAAGAAAGCUCUGAUGCAAGAUACGAGACGACCCACACGCAAAGCUCAGAUAACGUGAAAAGUUCAAAAAGUGCCUGCAGAAUUUCCCAAAGCACGUUUGCGGUGGACUCCCGUUCGGAAAGUCCUGAUUCCCUGGAAGCUGCGCGUAUAUACUCAAGACAGACCAUCAGGGACGAAAGUUUCACGGGACAGGAGCGUAACACUGAUCGUGAUCAAAGUCCAAGUCCUGAUUCUCUGGAUGAAGCUUGCAAGUAUUACACCAAUACACGAAACAAGUACCGUACAGAUAAUAAAAAUCAAGCAAGGUUUGCUGUAGAGUCUCGUACCGAGAGUGAAGAUUCCUUAGAAUCUGCGUCUAAACACUCGAAAAGCAUAAAAAUUCAAAAAAUAUUCAGAGAGUUCACUGAAAGUCCUGAAUCGAAUGACAAAGGACAGUCCAUUCGCGAGUUUCACGAAAUCACUAUACCGCACGAACAGUACCUUAAACGUCAGGGAAACAAUUCGAAAGCUUUAAAGCAACAGGAAACCCUAACUAAAAGUCCGGCACCUGCCCUUAGGGUUUCGAAAGCUCCCAGUCCGGAUCCAGUAUUGAGAAAAGGAGUCGACAGUAAUUCUAGAACUCCUGCGGUAUCUGCGAAAAGAAGUGUUCCCCAGUCACCUACGAAAAAUCCCGAGGUCGCAGCGAGGCUGGUCUCAGCGGAAGUCAAAAAUUCGGUAGCUCGAGCCACCAGAAAGUCAUCUAGUACUGCAAGGAGUUUGGAUACCAGCGGAAACAAGAGAGCUACACCGAAUGUGCCAAAGACAGGAGACAACGUAGAUGCACCCAACAGAGAGAACAAUUAUCAGUCAGAAAACUCUGCAGGAGAGAGGAAAUUGGAUGGCGAUGCUCUACCGCUCAAUCCACGGAAAAGCGAAGCUUUCACCCUGGAGUUUGAUGCUUUCGGCGAGUCGACGGAGAACGGUCCGACGGCAGCUAGAAAGCCGCCAGCCAGAAAACAAGUCCCAGAAAAGCUAUCAGGAACUCCAACGCAACGUUCACCUGCUGCUACACCUUACACCAGACCAGUCUCCUCGCUUUCCACUGCGUCCAGCAGCAGUUCCGCACGAGGUCAGACUUCCGCCAUUGCCAAAGGUAAAAUGGCUACAAAGUCCAAGUCUAAGUCACCGACACGUGGUAGAGCGUCGUCAGGCCCUAAAGCUUCUGCCAGAAGUGGUGGCACGGCUGUAAACAACGACAAUCUAAUUGAAUGUAAGAUAUGCGGCCGCCGCUUCGCGCAGGACCGAAUAGGACUUCACGAGCAAAUUUGUGCAAAGACUGGACAGAAAAAGAGGAAGCAAUUCGACGCCAUGCUGUUUCGUGUUAAGGGUACCGAUUUAGAGCCGUUUGCUAGAAAAGGAACAUCCAAGAAAACUGACUCUAAAAAUAAGAAACCUGAAGUGAAGUCAAACUGGCGAAAGAAACAUGAAGAUUUCAUCAAUGCCAUCAGAUCUGCGAAACAGGUUCAAGCUCAUCUGGCGGCUGGUGGGAAGCUAAGUGAUCUUCCACCGCCUCCUGUGAGUGAUACGAGCGAUUACAUACAAUGUCCACAUUGCGGAAGAAAAUUCAACCAAAGUGCAGCCGAACGUCACAUUCCUAAAUGUGAAACAAUGUUGCAUAACAAGCCAAAUCCUCGAGCACCCCCUAAACCUAAGCGUUAGGCCUUGCUGCAAUGAGUUCAGCUAUUUAAAUACCUUUAUACUGAUUUUUAUAUACGUAAAUUUCUAAUCCAUUUUACAGAAUAGAUACCUCUUUCUGUUUAUCAUAUAUUUUUCUUAAUAGAUAACACUGUACGAGAGGUACAUACAUAUAUACACUUCAAUGAUUAUCCUAAACAUCUAAUGACGAUUAGUCGAAUUUACAUGAGCAGAAGAUUAUUUUGCAUUUUUUAAAUAUAUUUUUAUCGAACACUCGAGUGAGAGUAUACCUAAUGAAUUGUUCAAUUGAACAAAUACACUGAGAGUGUACUUAAUGCAUUGUUCGAAUGAGCAAACAUACCUUCAAAGUGGACGCUGGGGUUUAAAUUGAUAUUCGCUGAAUAUUUUUUAACCGUUAUAUAUGAGUCCUAUAAUAUGUGAUUUUUUUCUGAGCUUAUACCGAAGUAAGUUUUGCUAUUAUGUACUAAGUAUUGUACUCGUAUCACGUGCACUAAAAUAUAAUCGCGAGGAGCUAGAUUAAUGUAGCUUUGUUACUAAUGUAAAUAUGUAUUACUAUAAUAAUGGCCUUAAUGCAGCAACGAAAAAAUGUUAGAAGCAUUCCAGUGAUAAUUUUUCAUUUCAUCACGAUCCGAUCUCAAUAUAUAAAUUUACAACGCGAUAAUAAGGUUGUCGGUUAAUAAACUAUAUCGUAUAGUUUAUGGUUAUUUUAAAGUAAUGAUAAAGCGCCAUUGCUUUGAAGCUAAACAAGUUUUUAUUUUGAUGUAAGUCUAGUCUGUUGGGGUCUCUACAGCGGACCAGGUGUACGGAAUGCAUAUUAAUGAAUAAUAAAUGAAAAAUAUAGUCAUCAACA